AUGGCGAAAUUAGUUGAUAUUUACAACAGCGAUAAAGAACAUGUUAUCAAACGGCGACAGUUACCCCUAACAAUCUACGAUAAUCUUACUAUGGUUAUGGAUUUAAAUAGUAUGGGUUUGAUAUGUGACAACCCACAAGUUAAGGGUCGUGAAUACGAAGAAUUUAUGCGUAAAUAUAGAAUUCUUACCACUGACGAGCUUAAAUCAGCGCUAAGAGUCGACGCUACAGAUAUUUUCAACGUUUUAAAUCAAAGCAUUCCUUGUGUUGGCUGUAGAAGAAGCGUGGAAAGGCUGUUUUACCAGUUAUGUAAGUCAGGACACCCAACCUUAGAUCCAAUUAUCCUAACACCAGAUGAGAUAAUGACAAUAAAAGAAGAUAAAAUCACACACCCACAGUCAUUAGCCACCUUACUCAACGGACAUAGCACGGGAAUAGAUUGCCUCAUCCUAAGUCAGCCAAGGUGGAAAAAAUCACAGAGGUGUACACUGCAUUCGCUAGAAGCAGGCAGUGCUAGAGGCUGGGGGGCGACAUCGACAACGUGCGGUUGGGGUUGGGCAGCAUGGAGCUGGGGGGGACGAGCUGCGUGGCGCUCAGCUUGGGACGCUAUGAGAACCUCUGCCAGGGAACACGUCACUCUUGUCCAUUUCAAUACUCUCCACGAUACUCUUCAUAAUUAUCUGAGAAAACACCGGUUUUGUGCUGACUGCAAGACUAAGGUCCUACGAGCGUACCAGCUGUUAGUUGAAGAAAAGGAACCACACAAAGAGAAGGGUUAUGUUGGAGCUCUCUACGGAGGUAUCAAGAGGUGUUUGUUAGACAAGCACUUACACCUACAGGCUAAGACCGAUUACAUUGCACAUCUGAUAGCGAGAGCGGAACCGGAACUGCUUGGAAAUCAUCGGGAGAGGCACGCCAAGACCUUGGAAAUUGCACAGGAAGAGGUGCUAAUAUGUCUCGGCAUUUGCGUUUACGAAAGGCUGCAGCGUAUAUCCCUUAGGCUUCGCGAAGAAGAAGGUACCUGCCAGACGUUAGCCGCCGUGGGAAUAGAGGCGCUGUACCGUAAAUUCGAGACCGCUGUAGAAAUGAAGAGCGGGGUCUCCAAACUACAGCUAUUGUAUGAUGAAAUCACUCAAGAGGAACUCACGAGGCAGCAGAGGAAAGAACAGAAGAAACUCAAACGGCGCAAGAAGAAGGAGAGGCAGGCCGUCGAAAAUAAAUGCAAGGAAGUGGAUUCAGAAGAACCCGAGGAAAAAUGUGAAUGCGAUGAAUGUCUACAAGAAGCAAGGGAUUUACCAACAGAUUUGAUAACAACAGAGAAUUACGAACAGUGUUUUGAAGCAAUGCAAACAAAUGACGGCUGCCAUUCUUGUCAAGAAGACUACACAGAGCUCAGUUCUCCAAAGAAACCAAACAAAAGAACUAAAAAGGGAAAUCUAUCACCGACCUAUCAUUCUCAUGAUUGUGGUUACUCAUCUGGAAACAAUGGCGGAUGCUGUGAGACAAUGUCUGGGUCGUCAUCGUUAGUGAGCUCCCCUGAAGGCUCUGAGGUGGCCUGCUCUGAAGGGUUUUGCAACCACGAGCGAGGGGAUUGUCUGGAUUUGCCCAAGAGUGAUAAGUUUUCAUGCACCGGAUUCACACUAUCCUUACAAGAAAUGCUGGAUACAUGUUCAUCUGAUGAAGAACAGGAUACCAGCUAUAUUCCCAUAGAGGAAGUGAUGGAGUUCAAGUCCCGUAGAAACAUAACAGAGAAACGGCAAGAGUUAAGGCAAAAUCUACGUCAAAAAUUUGCUCAGUUAUGUGUGAAUCCGCAAACACCAACUCUACAGAAGCAAGGAAAGCAUGCCAAUUAA